CUUACUGAGGUUACCUUUUGUAGUGAUGUCCUGAAGUCACAUCCGGAAGUACACUCUUUACUAUGCUACACAAAGAUCCAUAGAAGUUGGUCGUAUCUGCAGUAUGGUAGCGACAAAUACUACCGCUACUCGAUAACAUCGGUCCCACGGAUCGCCUGCGAGGAAACGACUCUUAAGCAUCGCGUUCGUCCCUACUUACAUAUGAGCAACAAUCGUCGCGAUGGCGCUGGCAAUCCGGCAAGUCUUCGUGCCAUCGAGCGGCACCUUGCAUCCUUCCUUCCCGCCGACCUCCUGAAGCAGUUCUGGCACGAGGGCUUUACCGCAGAUCGGCAGCCCACCUUCCGCCUCAACUCCUUGCGCCUAGGGCACGGCAGCCAGGAGGGCACUGUACGGCAGCUGCUGGAGGGCUUCGCCCUACCGCACGACACCCCGGUGGAGCCCUGUCCCUAUUUCUCUCGCGCCCGCCUGCUGCCUGCCCACACCGCAGCUGCCGUACAUGUGGCCUCCCGGGCGCACUCCCUGGUCCCUUUGCGGAGCGGCUCCGUCUACUUCAUGAGCCUCUCCAGCAUGCUGCCCGCACUGGCCCUCAUGGCACCCGCCCGCCCGCACCAUCACCAGCAUCACCCUCAGCAGCCAGAACCGCAACAAGCCGGACCCCAGCAGCCUCAAUCUCUAGGCUCACAGCCGCACCAGCACCAUCAGCUGUGCCGCCCGCCCCCGCCCCCGCAGCUGCCUCCUUCCCCGCCUCCCUUGCGCGUGCUGGACCUGUGUGCGGCCCCCGGCGGCAAGACGGCGCUGCUGGCGGAGCUGAUGGGCAACCGGGGCGCACUGCUGGCGGUGGAUUCCAGCUGGCCCCGGCUUCAGCGCCUUCACUUCAACAUCGACCGAUUGGUACCGGACACCAACCACCACAACCACCAGGGCAACCAACAGGGCCCAACCGCCAACGACCUCCUCAACCACAACCACAACCACCCACGGCAGCGUAGCGGCAAGCAGGCAGCAGCAGCCUCCGCGGCAGUGUCCAAGCAGCUCUGGCGGCGCGGCUGUGUGCUGGCAGCGCAUGCAGACGGCGCCAGGCUAGCCGUGGACUCGCAGGGCCUGCCGCUGCCCCUGCAGCAGCCCUCAUCUCCCUCGUCGCCGCCGCCUUCGAAGAGGACCACCGCCGACACCACCACCAACACUGGCUGGGAGUCCUUGGCAGCAGCUGCUGCUUCAGGAACCUCAGAAGGAGUGUACGACAGGGUGCUGGUGGAUGCUCCAUGCAGCGGCCUAGGGCGGCUGCAGCUGCAGCGACCGGGCAGUCUCGCCGGCUGGGUGGGCGGCGGGAUGCGAUCUGGCAGCAGCAGCCGAGGCAGGGGCGGUGGAAAGGGAGGCGGCGGGGAGGCGCCUUCUCAGGAUCUUUUGAGCGAGGCUGGUGAUGAGGCGGCGAUUGCGGCGGCAGCGGCGGAGGUGGCGGAGCGGCUGGAGAGGCGGCAGCGGGCGCUGUUGCUGCGGGGGCUGCAGUUGCUGCGGCGGGGCGGACGACUAGUGUACAGCACUUGCACGCUGGACCCCCGGGAGAACGAAGCGGUCAUCGCCUGGGUGCUUCGCCGUGUGCCCGGGGUCCGUUUAGAGGAGCCGCACCUGCCGCUAAGCAGCGCCCACAUGCAGUGGCCCCUGAGCACUACUGCCACUGCUGCAGCCAGCGACGCUAACGGCAGUGAUUGCCGGCCUUACGAAAGCAGCAGCCCGGCUAGUGUGCCCCUUCGAGAAGCGCUGGAGGCUCAUCGGCCCGGCUGCACCUACCCGCCGCUACUUGACUGGCCCUGGUGGGAGGCGGCUGCAGCUAGCGGUGAUACCGGUAGCAAUGGAGACGAAUUGCAUGGCUCGUACGACAGUGAAAUUGGUUGCAGUACAGCUGUGAGUUGGGAGGAGGUCCGAAAGCAGCUGACCUCGUGUGUUCGUGUGGCGCCUGGGCCCACGUAUGAGGGCUUCUUUAUUGCGCAGUUUAGCAAGGAUUGAAGCAUAGCUGCCGGUCUGCAAAGUAAGGAUGAUACACUUUCAAGCACGCAGUCUGUGACCAUCAUAGUGCAUAUGCAUCAAGGACAAAAGGCGGGGGCGUGUAAUCAAUGUGUGCGCCGUCCGGACUCUGCCAAGAACGUCAACACGGAGGAGGACGUCACCCAUGGUGAGCGUGGAGGGUUGAACUUCGCACUCCUGAACUUCCUUACUGGUCCUGACUGAUCCGUGGGACAGUGACUGCCCUGCCCUGCGAACCUCACUUCAUCGCCUCUGACCGUACCAUUUCCCAACGUUAUAAUCCGAUGUUCAUCCCUUUCACGCAGGCACAGCACCAGCUGCUGGUGUGCACCAAGCUUGCUGUGGGGGCGGUGUCACCAGGGUUGAGCUUGAGCCCAGCCUGCUUCGUAGCAGGGCGGGAAUAUCAUGCCAGGCAUGGAUCAAUCUUGUUUACAAUGACGUGACCGAUGUGGCACGGGCCCUAUGUUCUGUUCCCAUCGCCUCUUGACCUAAAUGUGGGCUUGGCAUGGCCGGUCUGGGUGAUGAGCGCUAGACGUGAUAGUUUGGUAUAGCGGCAUAUGGACAUACGGAACUCAAUGCCACAAGGAUACAGCUAAAACCCUUGCAACCGUUCUCGUGACGCUUACUCCACCAGCAGACACCUUCGAGCGUCCAACCAUGCAAACAAGCCACACCCAUGACUGUGCUACGUUUGUCAGCCUUCAUGGCAGUCAUGCUUUGUUGGAUACCUACACCAUGCUGCCCCUGAAGACAAGGGCAACUCGCCAACGUUUGC